AUGUCGCAAAGAGGUAGGCUUAAAAGAUCCUCACCUCCACCAGUUAAUGUAAAUAAAAAGUUUCCAUCGUUUGAAGGAAGACAAACCUCCAUCAAAGAUUUCUUUUCAUCUUCACCAGAUGAUUUAAAUAAUAAUAAUAAUAAUAAUAAUAAUAAAAUAGCACUACUUGAUAAUACUAACAAUAAUAAUAAUAGUAAUAACAAUGCAGUAACACCAUUAAAAAAAACAACCACCACUGUAACAACAACUGAAAUAUUUGAAACCAUUGAUAAUAAUAUUAAUAAUAGUAGUAUUAGUAGUAGUAUUAAUAAUAAUAAUAAUAAUAAUUUAAUGAGUCAAUUUCAACAAACACAAACACCAAGUAAAAAAACUAUUAAAAAAGUAACAACAACAACAGAAACAUUUGAAGAAUUUGUGUCUACUCCUAUUUCACCCGCAGCAUCAUCCAUUUCGCAAAUAAAUAUAAAUUCUCCGCCACAAACAACCCCUUUAAUAAAUGCAGAUAAAUCACCAAACUCAUUAAAAAAUUCAUCUCCAUUAACACAGCUACCUCAACCAAUAUCACAACCUGUACCACCUUCACAAAGCCAAACCAAUACUCAAUUGAAUAAAAACAAUGGUCAACUUAUAAUAAAUAAUAAUUCAGUUAGAUAUUACUUAAAGGAUUUUUUAGUUGUAACAGAAACAGUUUAUAAUAGAGACAACCAUUUAUUUAUAGAUGAUGAAAAAUUUUAUAUAGAAUCAAUGAUUCAAUCCAUUGAUAGAGAAGCACAGCAUUUAUUUGUUAGAAUUUAUAAUCGUAAAGGACCAUGGUUUCAAACUAGUUUAUUGGGUGAAUCUUAUAAAGAUGAAUUUAUUGACAUUAACAAACCAAUCGGAACACUUGUAGAAUAUGGGUUUUUGGAUGUAUACCAGUCCAGUAAAAACGAUUUUAAAGAAAUUGCACAAUUACUAAAGGUCGAACAACUUAAAAGCAUUGUGGGUUCAAUUGCAUCACGUUCUCUUACUUCAUCAUCCUCUACUGCAAAGCAAACUUAUUUGGAAAUGAUAUCUGGCAAACCAUUUAAAGGUCAAAUGACAUUAACACCAUCGGAACCUAUUUAUAAAAAAAAAGUUGAAGACUUGGUUGGAUAUUGUGUAAUGAUUAGACCAGAGGUAUUAGAGCUAUGGAGAACCAUUCACCAUUUAUAUUUUUAUUCAUGGAGUGCACAUGAUUCAAAACAAAUAAUAAUAAAUAAUAUUAUGGGUAAAGCCUAUCCAAAUUAUUCAGUAUGGAAGAGUAAAUGUAAAAAUAAAAAACCAACAAAUGAUGAAAUUAUAGUUAGUAGUCAAAAUGAUAAUAUUAUAGAUUUAACAAUCAAUCAAUCAUCUCAAUCACAAUCGCAAUCACAAUCACAAUCUCAAUCACAAUCACAAUCACAAUCACAAUCACAAUCACAAUCACAAUCACAAUCACAAUCAAAAUCAAAAUCAAAAUAUGACAUUGACUUAACAAACAACGAAUCCAUUUUUGUAACAAGACAAUCAUUAUUAGAUUACGAAAAAGCAAAAAAACUUGAAGAAAAGGUUAUAGCUACAAAUGAAAUUGGUGACUGGGAUUCAAUGCAAAAAAUAUUACAAAUCUGUUUAGAGGAAUUGAGUAGAACUGUUAGUAAAUCUGUAAACUAUAGCUUUGCUUUAAAAUUUACACCGGGCUGGGUCUAUACCAAAAUCCUAUCAUGGUCAAUAACAGUAUUGGAGAAAUCACGUAAAUAUCAAGAAUGCUUAGACUAUUUAAUGCUUUUAAUAGACUCACCUUUUUGCAGAGGUAAAAGAGGUCAAUGGUGGCAAAGAAUGAUUAUAAACUAUAAACAUUUAAACAGAGCUCAAGAUGCCUUGGUUAUCGCAGAGCGUUCACUAUCUGACCCAUAUUUAAGAAGUGGUGAUAGAUUAGCAAUCGAAAAACAACUUGUAUUUUUAUCUGUUCCUCCUCGACGUUGGAAAAUUCCCAAAAACUUAUUACAAUUUCAAAAUAAAUUAAGAGAACCAAACUCAAUUACAUUAGUUAGAGAAAAAGUUUCAAAUAACCAACCUGGUCAUAAAUCAAAAUAUUUAUUUUUAACUCCUAAAAUUAAUAAAACAAUAAUAAAAAAUAACAAUAUCAAUAAUAAUAUUACUAAUCAUAAUAAUAACAAUACUAAUAAUAAUAAUAAUAAUAAUAAUAAUAAUAAUAAUAAUAAUAAUAAUAAUACGAAUAAUAAUAACGAAAAUAACGAAAAAGAUAAACAAAUAGAUAGUGAUGAAGAAAUUAUACCAAGUACCCAAGAGCAAAAAGAAGAAGAUGACAAUAAAGAGAAAAAAAAAAAAAGAAGUAGUAGAUUUUUUGGUAGUAGUCAAAGCAUUAUUAUUGAUGCUGAAACAACACUCGAAAUUAAUAGUGAUGAUGAAAUAUUUCCUGAAUCAUAUCAGAGUAGUGAUGAAAAAGUUGACAAGGAUUUAGAAAAAGAAAAAGAAAAAGAAAAAGAAAAAGAAAAAGAAAAAGAAAAAGAAAAAGAAAAAGAAAAAGAAAAAGAAAAAGAAAAAGAAAAAGAAAAAGAAAAAGAAAAAGAAAAAGAAAAAGAAAAUAAGAAUAAUUCAAAUACAGAUAAAAGUAAUGAAGAACUUGAUCAAGUUUUAAUUGAAAAAGUUUUAUGUGGUUCAGUUGAAGAAAUAUCAUUGGAGCACUAUGCAUUAGAGGAAUGGCAAGGUAUUCAUUGUGAAACAUCAUUAUUUUUAUCAUUAUUUGUGCUAUUGUUUUGGGAUAUUAUAUUUGACUCAAAUAUUCCCCAUGUUUUUCAAUCACCUUUUCAAGAUGCACCACUCGAUUAUGGAACCGAUGAAUUUUAUUAUCAAAGAAAAGAAUCAAUCGAUAAACGUAUUGAAUUAUUAAAGAACUCUGAACUAAACUAUUUAUACUCAUUACUUGACGAUGCUUGGCUUCAUAAUGGAUGUGAAGCGAGAGGAGUUAAUUGGAAACAGCAUACAAUUGAUCAAUUAAAAACAAUUACAAAAUGCCUAGGUGGUCCUUUAUUAGCAUUCGUUUGUAAAUUACUUACCGAAGACUAUAAAAACUUUUCUCAUGGUAUGCCAGAUUUACUAUUAUAUAAGACAACAACAAAUAAUAAUAAUAAUAGUAAUAAUAAUAAUAAUAAUAAUAAUAAUAAUAAUAAUAAUAACCCUAUUGAUCUAGAUAAAGAUGAACAAAGCCAAGAAGAAAAAGAAAAAGAAGAAAUUAUAGACUUUAUCAAAUUUGUUGAAGUAAAAGGGCCUGGUGAUAGAUUAAGAGAUCAACAAAGAGUUUGGAUCGAUUUAUUAAUAUCUUUUGGAUGCGAUGUCGAAUUGUGUUAUAUCAAAAAUAAAUAG